AUGGCCAUGGAGGUGUGCAGGCAGAUUGGCAUUGCUCUGCUUGCCCAGCGGCCCACCUGCUGCGGGCCAUGGCCACCGUCGCGUGUCCGGGUGCACGGUCUACAUGGAUCUGCGGACAUCAGCACGGUGUGGGCGGUGCACUGCUCCGCUGCAUUUGCGGCACUAUGCGGUGCUGCACGGCCCAGAAACUGGCGGCAGAAGCGACAGACUUGCAGAGUCAGAGCCUCCAGAACGUCCAGAGGCAUGGAGGUGGUCCAAGAUGGAACGCUCAUGGGCGAUCGGCCGAAGGUCCGCUACAUGUGGCAAGUCCCACAGGCUGCAUCGCCUGAGCUUGUGCUGGCGGGUCGCUCGAAUGCAGGUAAAAGCACCCUGCUGAAUGCGGUGUUGGCCGCAGCCGGAGCAAAGAAGGCCGCUCCGAUGUCCUCCAAAGGUGGUCGAACUCGCACACUGAACUGGUAUCCUAUAGGCUUUAAGAUUCCUUUGGGCUGGCACGGGGAUGGUGUCCGGGUUUCGCAGCAAAGCGAGCAAAGCGAGGAGCAGAGUCUUGAAGACGAGCUGAGGGCAGCUGGCGAAGGCUGCUGUUUAGUGGAUUGCUUUGGUCUUGGUGAGGUGGAAUACUCGGAUCUAAAGGCAAAGCGUCUGCAAACUUGGGGGCCCUUGUUACGGAAGUUUUUUUGCGAACGCUGUGCCUUGAAGACACUCUGCCACCUCAUCAGCUCUGAGCAAGAAGGCCGGCUGUCACCGGGCGACGAACAGCUUGUGGACAUUUUUCGGAGGAGCGAAGCAGACCGCUCUUCUUCGGGUCUUCCGCCGCUUCGCUAUGUUGUAGUCUUAACCAAGACGGACUUGUACGAAUCCUCGCAGGUGGCACAGUUUCAGGAAAAGCUGAGAGAGGCUCUGUUGGAUCUUGGGCAGCCGCCCUCUGACAUCGUGUCCUGUACUUCGCUCAGCACUGAGGGAAUCAAGGAUUUCCAGACAGUUGUCAAUGAAGCAGUCAGGCGAGGGUGGGAUCACCUGGACGAGUGGAUCGCUGAUGCGAUGAAAACACGAAGACUUCCUCAGGGGAGAAACAAAUACGAAAGGCAAAGUGCCAAAGCGGCCUACACAUCCACGGCAAAGCAAUCUGCCAGACAGCCCUCCCGCGGUGGCAAAGGAGCAAGUACAAUGAUGCCUCCAUCAGUCUAG